ACACAAAUUGGUAUUGUAAAUCGUCGAAGAAAGUUUCAGUUAAUAGGAAAGAGAAAUCAAGAGGAAGGAGAGGCGGAGAAGAAGGAGAAGCGUUCAUAGAGAGAUAGAGACGAAACAAGAGAAAAUUUAUUUUUAUAGAAACUCUCUUUUCUCUGUAUCCUCUUGUUUCGCUCUCUUAACAAAAAAUGAAAAAUAGAGAAACCAUCUUUGAACCUACCUCAAAACACGUCUCUCUCUCUCUUUCGAUUUCAUCUUCUCAAGUUUCUUUAUUGCUCUGAAUCUUGAAUCCUGAAGGAGAGAAAGCGAUAGAGAGACGAAGAUGUGGAUGCCGAAAAACAAUAACGUGGGAGUCAAGGAAGGAGGGUCUAGCGGAGUUGUAGCUGUUGCAAUAGACAAAGACAAAAGCAGCCAACACGCUCUUAAAUGGGCUGUUGAUAAUUUGUUGCAGCGAGGCCAAUCCGUCAUUCUUGUCCACGUCAAGCUUCGACCUUCUCCAUUGAAUAAUAGCGCUUCUCUUCAUGCUUCCUCUGCAAAGCUGAGCCAAGAUUCUUCAUUGGUAUGCAGAGAUCCAGAAGGCAUUUCCAAAGAAAUAUUUCUUCCUUUCCGUUGCUUCUGCACACGCAAAGACAUUCAAUGCCAAGAUGUGUUGCUUGAGGAGUCCGAUGUUGCCAAAGCAUUGGUCGAAUACGUAAACCAAGCGGCCAUUGAGGUUUUAGUAGUUGGUUCCUCCAGCAAAGGUGGUUUUCUCAGGUUCAACAAACCUACAGAUAUUCCAGGCAGCAUAACAAAAAACGCUCCUGAUUUCUGCACGGUUUAUAUCAUUUCCAAAGGAAAGAUUCAAACAAUGAGAUCAGCUUCUCGUUCUGCACCCAUGACUGCUCCUCUACGCAGUUCAGUUCAACCACCUAGCUUAAAGCCUCCUCAACCUAUGCCUUCUACUUCCGCUAACAGUCUGCGAGCCGAUAGACGGUCUUUUGAGUCUAACCAACGAAGGUCUGUAGAAGAUCAACAACGCAGGUCUAUGGAGGAUCAACAACGCAGGUCAAUAGACGAUCAAUCAGAGUCCUUCAGAUCUCCUUUUACAAGAAGAGGCAAUGGUAGAUCAUACGGAGAUUUAACUGUUCCAGAAUCAGACAUAUCCUUUAUCAGUUCCGGAAGACCAAGCAUUGACCGUAUCUUCCCUUCUCUAUAUGACAACAAUGAUCCAAGCCGAACUCCUCCUAGGCUUUCAAAUUUCUCAGACAUGGACUAUAGUUCUAGCCUUGAUCAGUCUUCCAACUAUGGAAGGAGAUCAGUGGAUAUGAACUCACCCACUGAUUUCGAGAGCGAAAGAUUUUCAUCCGCCUCUCAAUCAAUAGAUGAUGUAGAGGCUGAGAUGAGGAGGCUUAAACUGGAGUUGAAGCAGACUAUGGAAAUGUAUAGUACAGCUUGCAAAGAAGCACUCACAGCAAAACAAAAGGCGACUGAGCUUCAACGUUGGAAGUUAGAAGAAGAGAGAAAACUAGAAGAAGCGAGAAAUGCAGAGGAAGCAGCAUUAGCCAUUGCAGAGAAAGAGAAAGCAAAGUCAAAAGCAGCUAUGGAGGCAGCUGAAGCAGCUCAAAGGAUUGCUGAAUUAGAGGCUAAGAAGAGAGUCAACGCGGAAAUGAAAGCUUUAAAAGAGUCAGAGGAGAAAACAAAGGCUCUUACCGCUUUAGCAAACUCAGAUGUCAGGUAUAGGAAGUACUCCAUUGAAGAUAUUGAGCUUGCAACAGAGUUUUUCGCUGAGAAAUAUAAGAUUGGAGAAGGUGGUUAUGGACCUGUCUACAAAUGUUAUCUUGAUCAUACACCAGUGGCUGUUAAAGUUCUUCGUCCCGAUGCAGCUCAAGGAAGAUCGCAAUUUCAACAAGAGGUCGAGGUAUUGAGCUGCAUUAGGCAUCCGAACAUGGUUCUACUUCUUGGGGCUUGUCCGGAAUGCGGAUGUUUAGUCUACGAGUUCAUGGCUAAUGGGAGCUUAGAAGAUCGUCUUUUCAGACUAGGAAACAGUCCACCUCUCUCGUGGCAGAUGAGAUUUAGAAUCGCUGCAGAGAUAGGCACUGGAUUGUUGUUCUUGCACCAAGCUAAACCUGAGCCUCUUGUUCACCGUGAUCUCAAACCAGGAAACAUCUUGCUAGACCGUAACUUCGUCAGCAAGAUAUCUGAUGUUGGUUUAGCUAGAUUGGUCCCUCCAACAGUUGCAGACACAGUGACACAAUACCGCAUGACUUCAACCGCUGGCACAUUCUGUUAUAUCGACCCAGAGUAUCAACAAACAGGAAUGUUGGGUGUGAAAUCAGACAUUUACUCACUUGGAAUUAUGUUUCUACAGUUGAUAACAGCAAAACCACCAAUGGGUCUAACUCAUUAUGUCGAGAGAGCACUAGAGAAAGGAACUUUGGUUGAUUUACUCGAUCCAGUUGUUUCUGAUUGGCCAAUGGAAGACACUGAAGAGUUUGCUAAAUUAGCUCUUAAAUGUGCAGAGCUAAGGAGAAAAGAUAGACCUGAUCUUGCUAAAGUUAUUUUGCCUGAGCUAAAUAGAUUAAGAACACUUGCUGAUGAAUCAUCACAUUCUGUAGUAGUCGGCAAUAGCCCUCUACCAUCUCCAACUGGUAGCCAAAGUUCUUUGAAACUGGAACAUAUGAGUGGUGCUUCUAUCUCAGUGCCUCAGUAAAGAAAAACUAAUCUACACACAAGAAGAGGCAAUUACAUGAUUCAGAUAUUACUUACAGAGACAACAAUCUUGAAUCCUCAAUUUGCAUGCUCGUAGUAUAAGGAGAUGCAAUAGAGUGUCUUUCCCUUGUGGAGAAAGUGUUAAAAUUGUACAAAUCUUGCUUAUAAUGUAACUUAAUAUCUAGUUCAGUAUGGAGGAACUGAUCCUUUAUUAUAUGCUGCUAAGGUUAACAACACAUGUCAAAGAUAAUGCAGUCCUUAGAUCGAGGUGUACCAACAAACUUGACAAAGACCGUAAACUUAGGUAUCCCCAUUUCACUAAAACCAAAUGUUGCAGUUUAAACCAAGUAUUAGCAUAGUCUUCAACAAAGAAUUAAUUCAAUUAAUGAGUUUGUAUAAGAUCAUUAAUGUUUGCCCUCAAGGCAAACUCAAACAAAAAAGAUCACUAGUGUUGCAGUAUGUACUACUAUAUCCCUUAUGGAUGAAGGAAUGUUGUAUAUUAUAAUUACCACUUGGUAGCAUUACAGGUAUAAAGCAUAGAUGAUGCGUAUAUACAAUUAGU